AUGAAACAGUCUUGGCUCUACUGUAUACUACUUUUUCUUCCGUUGCUCCUUCUCGGACGCUAUCUGUACAACGAGAACCAGAGGAUUCGCCAGUUUCAAGAAAUCAAAACGCACACCCUUCAAGAACACAACAAUCCACCGCAAGAAAGCAAAGAAGUUAAAGACAAGGAGAUCGAUCACGUGCCAUUAGAAGUCUGCGAUGUUUUCACAGGAAAAUGGGUUCUUGAUAACGUCACACAUCCUUUAUACAAAGAAGACGAAUGCGAGUUUCUCUCAGAGUGGGUGUCAUGUACAGGAAACGGAAGACCAGACUCUAAGUACCAGAAAUGGAGAUGGCAACCUCGAGAUUGCUCUUUACCAAGGUUCGACGCAAAGCUGCUACUAGAGAAACUCAGGGGAAAGAAACUAAUCUUCGUUGGUGAUUCAAUACAUUACAACCAGUGGCAAUCCAUGGUUUGUAUGGUCCAAUCCAUCAUUCCCUCUGGCCAAAAGACCUUAAACCACACAGCACAAAUGUCAAUCUUCAACAUCAAGGACUACAAUACAACCAUAGCCUUUUACUGGGCACCUUUAUUAGUGGAAUCAAAUGCAGAUCCUCCAGACAAGAGAGAUGGGAAGACGGAUCCAAUAAUCAUACCUCAAUCAAUCUCCAAGCAUGGAGAAAGCUGGAAAGACGCAGAUUAUCUCCUUUUCAACACUUACAUUUGGUGGACCAGAAGCUCCAAGAUCAAAGUUCUCCAAGAGUCAAAAGAUUCCGAUGAAAUUGGAAUCUACAUUGGAUACGAACAAGUGCUACGAACAUGGGCAAAUUGGCUAGACCAAAACAUUGACCCAAAUCGAACAUCCAUCUUCUUCAGCAGCAUGUCACCAACUCAUAUCAGGAGCUCAGAUUGGGACGUUAAUGGAGGAAGCAGCAAGUGCGAGAAAGAGACAGAGCCUAUACUCGAAAACACGUCACGACGAUUAGAAGUUGGAACAAAUCGGAGGCUUUACGAAAUCGCAGUGAACGUGACGAAAUUGACGAUGAAAGUGCCGAUUCGUUUCCUCGACGUAACGACGAUGUCAGAGUACAGGAAAGAUGGGCACACGUCUUUUUACGGUUCGCGGAGUGGGAAGCUCUUGACGCCGGAGCAGAGAUCGGAUCCGAGAACGUUCGCCGAUUGUUAUCACUGGUGUCUUCCCGGAUUACCAGACACGUGGAAUGAGUUGCUCUCUCUCUACAUUAUCUACAGAGCUUGA